UGCAAAGUCACAAGUCGCAGCCCCCUUGAUGGAACAUAGCGCUGUCUCAGUGACAGAGAGGGAACGCGAUGUGAGCGAUUCCGAUGCAGCCGCAGCGACUAGUUGACAGGAGAGACGCACACACAAACGAACAGGAUGCCGGGCAUGCUGAUGUUCGCCAGGCGCUGGGCAAUAGCCAGUGAUGACUUGGUGUUUCCUGGAGCCUUUGAACUGGUUGUUAGGCUGAUCUGGUGGAUCGGAAUGCUAGUGCUUUAUUCUGUCCACAAAGGGCAUUUUGAUUGUGUCGGAGGAGCCAUUCUGCGCAGUUACCUGAUUGUUCUGAUUGUCUUACUGGCUUCCAUAAUAUGUGUGGUCUCUGCCAUUGUGUAUGUCAGCAUGCAAGGAACAAUCGCCAACCCAGGGCCCCGAAAAUGCAUGCCAAAACUGCUAUAUGUGAGACUGACCCUCUACGUGCCAGAGUUUGUCUGGGCUGUCUUGGGAGCCAUCUGGCUGUCGGACAAUAGAAUGCAAUGCGAUAGGGUGGUGGUGCAUGUCAUACUCUUUGCAGUCAUUGCCAGCUGGGCCAUCAUACUCCUCACUACAAUAGCCAUACUGCUUGUGUUUGACCCGCUUGGCCGUAAGAAGACCUUGUACAGAGCCAGUGACCUCCAGAACCUGGAGAGCAGCCAGUCGGAGCAGCUGCUUUACAACGUCAGGACAGCGUCCACCCGCGUAUGGGAGAAUCGCAUUCGGCUCCUGUGCUGCUGUAUAGGCAAAGAUAAUGAGAACAGAGUGGCUUUCUCCAGCAUCGCCAAGCUUCUCAGCAGCUAUUUCUCUGACACAGAUUUGGUUCCCAGUGACAUUGCUGCAGGGCUCACACUCCUACACCAAGAACAGGAUAAAGUGGAUCUUAGCAGGGACCCAGAGGAAGUGCUGUGCCACUCGCCAACACAGAAUCCAGGUGACAGUCUGGAAAUGGAGUUGGAUAAAGCGGCACAUUACAUGCAGUUUGCAGCAGCUGCUUAUGGCUGGCCCUUGUAUGUCUACAGCAACCCACUCACUGGCUUGUGUAAACUCUGUGGGGAGAGCUGCCAAAACAGAGCAUCUCAGAAUGGAAUUGUGGGAGGGGACAAUCUAAACUGCCACUUUGGCUCCAUCUUGCAAACCACAGGUCUCCAGGAUCGGGAUUUCAUCUACAUCAGCUUUCACAACAGGAUCUACGAAAUCCCCUUUUUUGUUGCUCUUGACCACAAAACGGAAUCCAUACUUGUAGCAGUGAGAGGCACUUUAUCUCUAGAGGAUGUUCUGACAGAUCUCUCCGCAGACUGUGAGAAUCUUCACAUAGAGGGGGUGACGGGAUCCUAUGCACAUAAGGGUAUAACACAAGCUGCAAGUUACAUAUAUAGGAGGCUUAUAAAUGAUGGCAUCUUGAACCAGGCUUUCACCACUGCACCUGAAUACAAGCUUGUUGUUGUUGGGCACAGCUUGGGCGCAGGAGCAGCCGCAGUGUUAGCGAUCAUGCUGCGCAAUUCCUUCCCUACACUGAAGUGCUAUGCGUUUUCUCCCCCAGGGGGCUUGCUAAGCAAAGACCUUGCAGAUUAUUCCAAAAAUUUCAUUGUCUCCGUAAUAGUUGGGAAAGAUCUAGUGCCGAGACUCAGUUUGCCUAACAUGGAAGAUCUCAAGAUGAAAAUACUGAGGAUGGUUGUCAACUGUAACCGCCCCAAAUACCAGAUCCUGCUUCGGGGUUGCUGGUAUGAAAUAUUCGGUGGGACUCCAGAUGACUUCCCAACAGAACUGGAUGGCAGAAACUUUGCUUCUUUGUCCCAACCCCUUCUGGCUGAGCAAAGCCUAAUGGUGCAUCGAUCACCAUCUUAUAAUACAUUGAUUGAGGCUUCUCCUCCUUCAGGAUCUCCGCAAUAUCCUCUCCUCUUCCUGCCAGGAAAGAUCAUCCAUAUUGUUGAAGAGAGAAGAUCAGGAUGUUUGUGUUUUUCUAAUGUGACGCACAAUGCUUCGUGGUCAAAGGAGACCUCAUUCGGAAGUAUCUAUAUCAGCCCCAGGAUGAUCACUGACCACAUGCCGGACAUUGUCCUGAAAGCUUUAAGGAGUUUGUGCCAGGAUAGAACCAGCUGCAGUUCCUGUCAAGCGCCACCAGGUGUCUUAGCUACAAACCAAAUCUAGGCUGGGCUUGGCCUCCCAGCAAGACACCGCUGCUUUUUCUGUGGCCACAAGAUGAUCAAAAGGACUUUAUUUUUUCUAUAACAUUGGGAAGCAUCUCUUUGCACUUCAUUUUUUUUUUUCUAAAAAAAACACUUUGAAAGAAAGAACAAAGAAUGUGAAAUCUAAGUGGCGUCCUUGCCAAAGGUGUUAACACCCAUGAUCGUUUUUCUAUUUAUUAAGAAACCCAGAAGGAGACAUUGGCAUGUGUUUGUGGCAACUGGAAGGCUAGAGAGUAACAGUGUGACUUGAAUGCCAUGUUGAACAACACACACAGUGCAACCAGGGCACAAUCUCCCAGUCCGACAUCGCCCCUUGCUGUAUCAGUGAGCAAGGCUGGUAUUUUCAUUGCCGUCUUAGGAAACAAAUAGGAGCACAAAGCUGUUCUGUGCCAGAUUGUUAACGUGGGCGUCUCCCCAAGCGCAGACUGGUUUAUACCUGCACUGAAUGCACUACGGAGAAUUGAUUUCCCUCUUCUGGACAGAUUCUGCUUGGAGGGAGGUGGGGGGGGGGUUGUUACCCUUAUACAUAAAAUCAUGGUUCAGAAAUAAUGACAGAUUGCCACUCAGAGGCAUGGGCAGAUGUGGGCUUUUCCAGUGCUGUGCCCUUCUGUGUUGUUUGAAAGGUGUUUUGUGGAUUUUAUUUUAUUUUUUUUUAACUUGUACACUGUGUCUCAUAAAAAUAUGUAGGCGGGGCUAGCAAACUCCUAGUUUCUGAAGCGUACAUCCUCUGGUGCCCCCUAGUGCCACUCUGUUGCUCCAAAUCUAAGCACCAAAAACUGCGCCUUCUAGACUCUUAGGUAAUUUAGCCCUCUGUCUUCCCAAUUGGCCAGUCCUGACUUCGAGCCUUCACUAACUCCAGCUUUAGUGCACUGUAACACAAAGCCACACAAGGGAAUAUAACUCACUGGUUCUUACAUGUGCAAUCAAAAGAAAUAAGCAGUUUUCUGAGAAACCUCUGUAUAAACAAACCCCAACCCAAAUCGGAAGCAGCUCAUUAUACAGAGGGCUUCUUAGUGGACUGCUGAUUGAUUUGAUGUUGCUCAGGAGAACAGGAAGUAAAAUGUGACUUUUCUUUUAAUUUUCAGAUUUUGACUUGUAGUGCAAGAUAUAACAACAUACAUAGGCUUGAAUUAGCCAGAAACUUACAGGCAGAUAAGACAUUGGCUAAACCAAAUGACAUACACCUAUGUUUUUGCUUUAAAAUGAAAGAUUUCAGAUCUUUAGCAUUCCCUCAAGCAUUUCUAGACUGGUUCCAUAGAUUUUUGACACAGAUGGCAGAGCAGGCAUAGUGUGAUGGCUUCCAUGUAUGUGAAUACAGGCACCAAGGCUGCACGGUGCAGACACUGAGAUUUGCUAGCCCUGCUCAUGUAUUUGUCAAGUAACAUAAAACCAUUUUCUGUGUGGUUUCCCUUGCGCUGCAACUAAAUGUUCUUUAUUCCUUUAGAAAUGAUUCUUGUAAUUCUUUUGUAAAGAACUACUCUCAUAUUUACACAUUCAUAUAGCAAUGUAUCCCACACAGGGUACCCUAUGGCUGAAGUGCAGCAGCCCGGGGAGAGUGACCCUGCCCUGCUGCACAUUUCCUCAUCUAUCUCCCAUACCCAUUGCCAAAAUGUGGGACGGGCCCAGAACAAUCACGCCUGCAGCCUUCUGAGAAACGUGAUGUAUGUUCCAUGUCUCCAUGCUAAUAAAGUAUACGCACAGCUCAGCCAGCACUUAACUGAAAUGUGCUUUUAUAUCAUGUGUGCACUUGUAAUAAAUAUUUUAUUUCAUGGUAAA